AUCUUUUUAGUUAGCCGAUCUGUGGAAUACGACCAUUUUUCAGAUUUGAAAGUUUCUGUCGUGUCUGAGCUCUGAGCCUUCAGUUUUAACUUUCCCCAUUUUCCACCAAACAGUAUUGUAGUUUUGCUGUGUAGUAUUCAUAUUUGAUCGGGACAAAAUGGCUGGAGGAAAAGCUGGAAAGGAUACGGGAAAGGCGAAAAAUAAAGCCAUUUCACGGUCGGCUCGAGCGGGUUUACAGUUUCCUGUCGGCCGUAUCCAUCGUCACCUGAAAUCACGGACUACUAGCCAUGGUCGUGUGGGAGCAACGGCUGCGGUGUACAGCGCUGCCAUUCUUGAGUACUUAACGGCUGAGGUGUUGGAAUUGGCGGGAAAUGCCAGCAAGGAUCUCAAAGUUAAGCGUAUCACACCGCGUCACCUUCAGUUGGCUAUCCGUGGCGAUGAGGAGCUGGACUCGUUGAUCAAAGCGACAAUUGCUGGAGGAGGUGUCAUCCCGCAUAUUCACAAGAGUCUAAUUGGCAAGAAGGGCGUGGCCACGGGAGGCGCCGCUCCUGCUGCUGCUUCCGCACCACCGCCGGCCGCUAUCGCCGCUGCCCAAAAAGCUCAGGCUCAGUAGAAGCGCGCUGCGUUGGCUGGAGUAUUCACUGUUUUCGGACGAAGGCGAGCCACUCGUUUCCAGGCCUCUGUUCUUUCUUUUUUGUUGGCCUCUCUGUAUCUCCACUAUCUUUAUUAUUUAAUCGUGUGCGAAUCAUCAGAUUUACUGGUUACGCUGUUGUAUGUACAUAUUCCUGUCUGUUGCAAGGUUCCCAUGUGCAUUAUGCAUCGGAUUUGGGUUGAACCAAGUGUGCGUGUGUGGGUUUUUUUCGUUGUUGUGUGUAAGUAUUAUGGGAAUUAUGACGAGCGAUUCUGUUGUUGUCGUUGUUUUCGUUUACACCAAGAGAUGACAUCUGGUUAGAGCGGCUUUUACCGGUUUGUCUUUCGGGAUUUCUUUCUCUGUCUCUUAACUGGGCAGGGUAAGAAAUGCUCCAAAAGUGCAAUAGUUUACUCUCCUUUGAGAAGUGGCUCUGGCUAGUUGAUUGUCUCGUUCUGUUUGAAUGGUUUGCUUUGAAGUACUGUACGGGUUUUGAGUAGUGGACCAUGAUUUCUUCGUGCAAAGCUUUUUCCUGAGUGAUUGUGCAGUCUGAAUUUCGGAAUAAAUGCGGGUGUCUUUUGA